UAAAGAUAAUAGCAAUAUGUGCAAAAAAAUCUUACGAUGGCACGUGUAAGUUUUGGAUUGUAAUUGGUCUAAAGAUCUAUAAAGCAUACUAUUCGAGAUUAGAUACUUCUCAUCUCACUUUCUUCUUCUAAAAACCCUUCCUUCGAUAUUCUUUUGCUCCCAAACACACUUUUUUUUUAAUUUUCACAUCUUAAAAAGAUCUAAUGGCGAUGUCAUUCUCCGGAGCUGUUCUUAGUGGGAUUGGUUCUUCAUUUCACAGCGGAGGAGCCAAGCUUAGCGGCGUUAGUACCGUCAGAGUUGGACGGAAAACUGAGCUCGUCGUGGUCGCUCAGCGCAAGAAGUCGUUGUUCUACGCCGUUAAAGGUGAUGGCAACAUCCUCGAUGACAUUAACGAAGCCACAAAGAAAGCUUCGGAUUUCGUGACGGAGAAGACAAGUGAGGCGUUGAAAGAUGGAGAGAAAGCAAAAGACUACGUUGUUGAGAAAACCGGUGAAGCUGCAGACACGGCGGGGGAGGAAGCUAAGAAAGCUUCGGAGUAUGUGACGGAAAAAGGAAAAGAAGCCGGAAACUCAGUGUCUGAGUUCGCAGAGAGCAAAGCAGGAGAGGCCAAGGAUGCCACAAAGUCCUAGUUCAAACCAUUUUAACUAGUAGAUAUAUCGGUUCUCCCUCUCUCUCUCUCUCUCUUCAUGUUCAAUAUUUUACAAUAAGAUCAGUUUCUUGUAGUUUCCAUUGCACCAUUUGAGAUAAUUAAAGAUAUGUUACUUAAUUACUCACCAUACCAUUUUACAUUCCUAUCAAAGGAUUUGAACGGUAACUUUUGUAGAUCAAAUUCAAUGUGACAAAUUAACUUAAAGUCAUAAUUAA